CGUCCAUGUCUGUCCCCGCAGCCCCCUCGCUCUCCGCCAGCCACGGUACCCAUCACUCGAAUGCCUCGGCAUAUACGCUGGCCACCGUCCACCUCGACGACCGACCAACUUCACCCGCUCCUUCCGACCAGUCCCCCCUUCUCGCGGAGAACCAGAAUAACUUGAAUGCCUAUGGCACCACUUUUCCCUCUGCCGCAGGGCACCAGCCCUCGUCGCGCAGGCUGCUAGUCAAUGCUGCCAUUAAGAUGGCACUAGUGUUUGUUGUCAGCACCUUGGUGUUGGGCGGGACCUUGUGGUUGGCACUGCCUCCAUUAGAUGAAGAGGAUCGCCCCACUCUAAGAAUACCUAAAUCCUUCGAACAGUUGCAAGCACUGAAUGAGCUCCUCAAGAAAUAUCGUGACAUCUACCCUUUCCGCAUCGUUGUCUGCUUCGUGACAACAUACCUCUUCGUCCAAGCGUUUUCUCUGCCUGGCUCUAUGUAUCUCUCCAUUCUUGGAGGUGCAAUGUGGGGUGUCCCCAUAGCCCUCCCGCUAGCUUGCACGUGCGUAGCCACCGGCGCAUCGCUCUGCUACCUGAUCUCCGCCGCGUUCGGCCCUGCCCUCCUCACCCUUCCCAAGUUCGCCGCUCGUCUUGAGUCGUUCUCCGAGAAGCUCGCAUCACAACGUGCCAAUCUUCUAUCCUUCCUGAUUGUGCUCCGCAUUGCGCCCCUCCCACCGCACUGGGUUGUCAACGUUCUCUGUCCGCACCUGGGCAUUGGCUUGCCCCUGUUUUGGGUCAGCUCAUGGCUGGGCAUCUUCGGUGUCACCGUCAUUCACACGACAAUUGGCGGCGGCCUCGAUCAGAUGACCAGCUCGAAGGACUUCCACCUCAUCUCCUGGAAGAACUUCUUCCUGCUAGCAACCAUUGUUGCUGGUGUUCUGAUCCCUGUUGGCCUGCGGUACUUCUUCCGUAAGGAGCUGCAGGAAGUCGCGGAGGCAGAGCACGAGGAAGAAGUCGGCGCUAUUUCUCUUCCAGGGGACGAUAUCAUCCUUGCACAGGGCCCGCCGAGCGCAGCGAACAAGGGCAAAUCAUCCGGUAAACUCGUACUCUUACCAGACUCGGACAGCGAUGCCGAAUUCUUGGAUGGAGAUGAAGUGGAGGAAGAUAUCAUUCUUGAAGCAGGCCCUGCCAUUGCUCCCAAGCAGAAGGAAGGCGAAGCUGCAAAGUCAUAGAUCCAUGAUGUAUUCAGUAAGGACACUGCCAUUGUAUCAUUAAUUCCGCCGUCCCCUCUUUCAUCUAUCCCGUGCUUCCGUCCAUCCUGGAUAUGUUGCGUUAUUAUUUAUUGUUGCCACAAUCUUUUGAUGGCUGUCGCUGAAGGUGUAGAUUUCCUUUUGUAUCUAGGUUCACUCCGUCGUUGUAUUUAGUCAUAUGCUAUGGAAGCUCAGCUACGAGGGA